AUGUUCUUAGGCGAGUAUCUUGACUAUGUGCAGAAAUUCUACACUCAUCCCUCGGAUCGAUUGCGGGGAUUGUUAUACGGGAAAUACAUAUGGCCAAAGAAUGGUCUAAUCUUGUUAAUCGUAUUCUUCCGCUAUAAUGGAAAGAAUAACAUGAUGGCGUAUAUUCCAACAAAAACUCAGAACAAAGAAUCUGAUGCGUACAUAGGAGUCGAAAGAACAAGAACAUCGACCCAUAAAGACAUGUGCGCUGCAUUGGGCAUAAUCUCAUGGUUCAUGCUGAAGAGCAUUGCUCAAAUUUCAGAGGGAACGCGGCGCAAUCGAGCAUCGCGUGGUAUCUGGUUGGAAGAGGUGAUAAAGACAAAGUGGCCCAUUACAUGGACAAAAUAUCGAUUUGGAAAAAUAUUUUAUCCCAGAGAGCGCACUCAGACAGAGCAACGCAUUGGCGAUUUCGUAUUGGUGCCAUCUAACUCGUGUCAUCAGAAUGUUGGUCUAACCUUGCAAAUACCGCGGGAGGCAGAUAGGGAGCGUGACUUUCAAUAUGAAUAUGAGAUCGUACUUAAGAGGAAUUGA